AUGUUGCCCUCGCCGGCUGUCUCAAGUGUCGAACGUUUCUCGAGAGCCGGUGACAAAUCUGAGAGGAGGACCAGCGUUCCUGGACCACACGCAGCCUCCCACCAUCUUCCGCGUUCGACGAACCCUCCAGGGCAGCUUAGGCCACGCAUACUUACUCCAAAUCCGCUCACACUUUUCAGGACGGAAUGGAUGGAUGGGCCAGUGAGUUGGUGGGUAGAAGGAAGGGAAGAGCGAGAAGCAUCAAGCCCCAAGCUGAUCCAAGGUUGUCCCGGGCCAAUCCAGCCAUCGGAGACUCACACGGCACGGCAAGCGUCAAGCAACAGAGGAUCCAGGCCAAUGUGGUUCUCCAACCCGAGCCAGCCCGCCCAGCUACGCAAGCAUCCAGCUACCCUAGCACACGCAUGGCGUUCUCCAAAUCAACCCCCAAGUCAACGGCUGGCGCAGCAAUUCGCAUCAACACCAUCCAACUAUGAGGGACCAAAUAGCUCCUUCGACAUUCCUCCCGUCGUGAGGUAUUAG